AUGUUGGUCGCCUGGUUUCUUCUAUUGCUCGUGUCCAGUUGUAUUUGUAAUGAUGAUAAAUUAAACGAUAGCAAUCCUUUGAAAGAAGCUGAACAGGAGGAAGAUUCCCGAUUUAUGUCUUUUGAAGAGUGGAAGAAGAAAAAAAUAGACAAUACUAGAAACGAUAAAGCAAUUCAAGAUGAUCAGAAAAGUCAUAAUGUCUAUAGAGAACCUGAAAGAUCUUACAGGAAUAAUGAAUUGAAUGGAGUCUUAGGUGAAGAUAUGGAGAUUGACCUGGAAAUGUUCACGGGAGUUGAUAGAGAUGAUGAAAUCGGAAAAGUUUAUCAGCAAAGAUUCAAUUACGCCUCAUUUGAUUGUGCGGCAACGAUAGUAAAGACGAAUACGGAAGCCAAAGGAGCUUCUUCUAUCCUGAACGAGAAUAAAGACUCCUACUUACUAAACAAAUGUGAUGUUGCCAAUCAAUAUGCCGUUGUGGAACUCUGUCAAGAUAUUCUGGUUGAUACUGUCGUAUUGGCAAACUAUGAGUUUUUUUCGUCUGGAUUCAAGACUGUCAGGUUUAGUGUUAGUGAUAGGUUCCCAGUUCCAGCCAAUGGAUGGAAAGUACUAGGUGACUUCGAUGCUUCUAAUACUAGAAGUAUUCAAACUUUCAACAUUGAGAGCCCUUUAAUUUGGGCCAGGUACCUGAAAAUCGAGAUUUUAUCUCACUAUGGAAAUGAAUAUUACUGCCCCCUGUCUCUAGUAAGAGUUCAUGGAAAAACAAUGAUGGAGAAAUUCAAGCUUGAAGAAGUUGAAGAAGAAGAAAAAGCAAACACCGAAAACGGUCAGAAUACCAAUAUUGCAACUCAAUCUAAAGCAAUUGCUGCUAAUCAAACAAAUGUCCAGAAUAAGUUUAUAUCCCCUAAUGGGAAGAACAUCACAGUAUUAUGUAAGAAUUCUUCAAAAACUAAUUGUGACCCAGAAUCAGCUCAAGUUAAACCUCUGAAAGAUGAAGAUGAAAAUGAAGAAGAUUGUCCUGUCUCAUUCAAACAUUUUUCACUGGAUGAAUUUCUGACUGAGCACUCUAAAGAAAUAUGUUUGGAGAAAGAUGAGCAAAGCUCAGAUCAUAUAUCAAUCGAACCUCCGCUGAGUUCUUCAGAACCCAAAACUCAGGAGUCAAUCUACAAGAAUAUAAUAAAGAGGAUUUCGUUAUUGGAAUCUAACGCUACGCUAUCGUUGUUGUACAUAGAAGAGCAAAGCAGAUUGUUGUCAAAUGCAUUCUCAAAGUUGGAAGAACGACAGUCUUUGCGGUUUGAAGCAAUGUUGGAUUCUGUCAAUAGUUCAAUCCAGAAUCAGAUUCAACUGAUUGAUGAUCUUAAGUUAUAUUUUAAGGUUGAAUUUGAGACUCUUCUAGCCGGAAGCAAAACGAAGCAUGAAAGAGCACUUGUAGAGAAUAUUGAGCUAAUCAGUUCCAUUUCCGAUGAUUUGGUGUUUCAAAAAAAGCUAAUUUUCUUCACCAUAUUUGCAGGGCUGUGUUUAUUUGCAUUUGUCAUCUUCAACCGAGAAACCUACAUUGAGUCCACUUAUGAAGAUGACCAUUUGGAGUACAUCAAGGAUAGGAACAGGUACCGGGACAGAAGCGGAGAUGAAAGUUCGACCCUAGGAUCUCCUGAGCCUUUUCAACCUAUUUCCCGAUCUUCAACCCCCGAUUCUUCAUCACCCCUUACGCCCCUCCCAGGUCCUCAGCUUGCUCCUAUUCCGAUUCAUUUGACAAAUAGGAAAAAAGCAACUUCAUUUGAACGUAAGAAUAAGAACCAUACUGACCUUAUUUACAAGAGGACUGCUACCAAUUCAUAUGAAGUUGGAAGUAAGACAGAACGCCCUACCGAAUCGGAGCCUGAGGCCAACCUAGAGCCUAAUACUGGGGAAUACACUGACAAUGAGGCAGACGAUGUGUUCAGUAAUCCAUCCAAACACGAGCCCAGCGAAGCUACAUCUAGUAUUUAG